AAAAAUUGCAGAAAUGGAAGAGUUUCCCUACUUUCCCUUUUCUUAUCCUUCUCCUUCCAUUUUCCCGCCUCACUGCUUCUCUCUCUUGUCAUUAAUGGCGGCCGCUGCUGCAACCGUCAAUCGCGUGUUUGCUUGAGUGACCCUUCUCUGCUCCCUUCCUCUCUCUCUCUCUCUCUCUCUCUCUCUCUCUCUCUCUCGAUUUGCGUUUCACCUUCCAAAAUCGGUUUCCGGGUCAGCUCAUUGUCAUUUCAUCGUGGAGCUGGGAGCUCAGCUCACUGUGAUUUUUUGUGGGAAACUGGAAAUCCUUGCUGGUUGUUUGGUUGCCGAGAAAAUUGAGUGAAAGAUCAGAGAAGAAGUAAUAGUAACCGAGUGUUUGGUUCUUAGUUCUUACACCGCAAAGAGUAAUUUCCUCCUUUCCCCCUCUCUCUCAUGAUUUUUUAAAAGGGGGAAUUGGGUGAGCCUUAGCUGGAUUAUUCUGCCUCCCCAACCCCUAAUUUAAUUUGCAGCUUCCAUUGACCUGCUAGUUCGUGCAUUUGUUUGUUGUUAUUUUUCCUGCACUUUCCCGUCAACCAAACAGGACAAGGGGAAGGAAACUUCUCUCGUUCGCUGUUUUUCAAAUUUCUUCCCCCAAAUCCUCAUUCUCGGUGUUCUUUUGUUUCCCUUUUCAACAGGGAGGCUACUGUUGCUCCAGCCAGCCAAUCGACGGGAGAUUUCAGGCUGAAGGGAUAAAAGGCUUUUGUUAGGUUGUGGUAAGGGGAAGCAAGGAAAGAUUCUCCCCAGUCAAAUCUGCCCGAAAACAUUUGCAGGAGCUCUGAAAUUUGGGACUAGGGGUGGUUUGAUUGGUUUCUCCUGUUUGGCAGAGGAGCUUUCUCAGAUCCAUCUGCAUUACCAAUCUGGGAUCUACCAGUACCAUUACCCUUAGCUUUUCUUCUGUUUUGGUUUUCACCACCUUAUACUAAAAAAGCAACUGUUUCUUUCACCUCGUUUGACCCAUUCGAGCUUUGUGGCAGAUAGAUGGAUAGAUAAGCCAGAGGGGCAACUCUUGUCUUCUUCUUGUCAUUUCCCCUCCUUUCAAACACUGUCGAUUGAUGCUCUUUUCCCACCUCCCCACUUCUUCAUCUUUUACCCACGGUUCUUUAGCUUUCAAAAGGGCUGUGUUUGUUUCUUCAGCAGGCCUGAUAUGAAAGGGUUUGAUGGUCUUUGAGAAGUUCAACUCUUAGAGAAGAAGGCCGCUGUAUUAUACAAUUUUUGUUGUGGUUGCAAGGGAUGACGACCAGAGACCAGAAGAGAGGGAAAGUAGAGAAAGCUGGGGGAUCAGAAGUGGCCGAGAAGGUUGUGGUUGCAGUGAAGGCUUCCAAGGAGAUUCCUAAGACUGCUCUGGUUUGGGCUUUGACUCAUGUUGUUCAGCCUGGUGACUGCAUUACUCUCCUUGUCGUUGUUCCAUCCCCAACUUCAGGUCGCAAGCUAUGGGGUUUCCCAAGAUUUGCUGGGGAUUGUGCUAGUGGUCAUAAGAAGUCUCAUCACCCGGGGGCAACCUCCGAGCAAAGGGGCGACAUUACCGAUUCAUGCUCGCAGAUGAUCCUUCAGCUCCAUGAUGUUUAUGAUCCUAACAAGAUCAAUGUGAAGAUAAAGAUUGUAUCUGGUUCCCCUUGUGGAGCUGUAGCUGUGGAGACCAAGAAAGCUCAGGCCAAUUGGGUUGUCCUGGACAAACAUCUCAAGCACGAGGAGAAGCGAUGCAUGGAAGAACUACAAUGUAAUAUAGUGGUGAUGAAGCGAUCCCAGCCGAAAGUGCUCCGCUUGAAUUUGAUAGGAUCAGCCAAGGAUGCUGCUGAAAUCACUGGUCCUUCACCUUCUAAAACGGACUCAGCUUCCGACAAUCAUAUAAAAAAUGAUAAUAGCGGCUCUUCUCCACAUUCAAUUCCCGGUCCAGUCGUGACUUCAACAAGUAGCCCAGAGCUGGGGACGCCAUUCACAGCCACCGAAGCUGGAACAUCUUCCGUAUCAAGCGAUCCAGGAACUUCACCAUUUUUUGUUUCAGAAUGUAAUGCGGACUUGGGGAAGAAAGAGGAGGAAUCCUCGGCUGGUAAGGAGCACAGAGAUCUUGACGACUCCGGGUCAGAGACUGACUGCGACCAGUUGUCCACAGCCUCUGCAAGUACUCGGUUCGAGCCAUGGAUAGGCGAGUUUGUCACUUCUCACAUGCACUCCUCACGACGCGUGGAAAAGAAACGUUCUCAUCAUCUGAAUUCUGCGAGAGCUCAAGCAUCAACAGCGACUAAAUCACCCUCCUUCGCUAGGGCCGAUUCGGACUUGGGUGGUGACAUCAGAGAAGCAGUAUCAUUAUCGAGAAAUGCACCUUCUGGCCCGCCCCCUUUGUGCUCGAUAUGUCAGCACAAAGCUCCAGUUUUUGGAAAGCCCCCUCGGUGGUUUAGUUAUGCUGAACUGGAGCUUGCUACUGGUGGGUUUUCGCAAGCUAAUUUCUUGGCAGAAGGUGGGUUCGGGUCAGUGCAUAGAGGCGUCCUGCCAGAUGGGCAAGCAGUUGCUGUGAAGCAGCAUAAAUUGGCUAGUACUCAGGGGGAUCUCGAGUUUUGCUCCGAAGUGGAAGUUCUUAGUUGUGCUCAGCAUCGCAAUGUGGUUAUGCUGAUUGGAUUCUGUAUUGAAGAUAAAAGAAGGUUGCUAGUUUAUGAGUAUAUUUGCAAUGGGUCGUUGGAUUCUCAUUUAUACGGGCAUCAACGUGAGCCGCUAGAAUGGUCUGCUCGUCAGAAGAUCGCGGUAGGUGCUGCUCGUGGGCUUAGGUAUCUUCACGAAGAGUGCAGAGUUGGUUGCAUUGUCCAUCGUGAUAUGCGGCCUAACAACAUCCUCAUAACCCAUGAUUUUGAACCACUGGUUGGAGAUUUUGGCCUGGCUAGGUGGCAGCCUGAUGGAGAUCUUGGUGUGGAAACCAGAGUAAUUGGAACAUUCGGAUAUUUGGCUCCAGAAUAUGCCCAAAGCGGCCAGAUCACAGAGAAAGCUGAUGUGUACUCUUUCGGUGUGGUGUUGGUAGAACUCGUAACAGGACGCAAGGCAGUGGAUCUCAACCGGCCAAAAGGCCAACAGUGUCUCGCCGAAUGGGUCUGCACUAUAUCUUCAACUCAAUCCGCACGGCCACUGCUGGAAGAAUACGCAGUUGAUGAACUGAUUGACCCUCAACUGGAGAAUCGGUACUCCGAGCAGGAAGUCUACUGCAUGCUUCACGCUGCAGCUUUGUGCAUACGCCGCGAUCCUCAAUCUAGGCCUCGUAUGUCACAGGUUCUUCGAGUACUAGAAGGCGACAUGGUGAUGGACAUGAACUACAUGUCGACGCCCGGUUAUGAUGUCGGCAAUCGGAGUGGAAGGAUGUAUGAAGAACAGCAGCAGCAGCAUUACAGCGGGCUGAUAGGGAACGAAGCAUUGGAAGGGUUCAACGCAAAGGUCUCUCUUGAUACAGUAAGGCCUAGCUUUCAAGAAAGGGAAAAAGCCAGAAGAGUUCAAUAUGGAGAUGGCUCGUAGAAAGAAAGAAGAAAAAUGUCAGCUUUCAUAGCUCUAAAACAAAUCUAUUUACGGUAUGGUAAAAAAAAACACAUGUCUCUCCUCUUCUGUUGCUCCUCCUUUCCAUUUUGGGUCUAUUGUUUUUUCUUUUACCACUGCUUGCCUGCUUAGUGAAUUUUUGUCCAAUGCCAUGUGGAUUUUGUAUAGCCGGAAGGAGAAGUAGGAGGAGAGUUAAGCUGCUAAUGGCUGACAUUCUUGUGUAAUUCUUUUGGUGGUAAAUUGAUAGAGAGGUAAAAGAAGAUGAAAUGUGGUUUCUUCAAAUUUGAAUUUCGAAUUACUGAUAAGGUUGGUUAUGGAUGAAAGUAGAGUAUUCAAUCAUGAUUGGAUGACAAAGGAAAUCAGGCUCUGAUGUUGAGAAGAGAAGAGGGUAAAUUUUGUUUCUUUGUGGUGGUGUCGUGAGUUGUUCAUUUUUGUCUGUGUUGCUGUGUGAUCGGUUUUGAACUACCAAGGAAGGGGAAAAAACAUAGAGACAAACCUGUUGUUUUCUGUUCUCUUGUUCUUAGCGGACAGCCCCCUUGGUUCUGUUCUCGUGUUGUUUUGUCCUCCUCUACCUUGUUGCAAGCAUGUUUGUACGAUUAGAUCCUGUUAUGAUACUGAUUACAACCAAAUUCAGCUGCGGGGCAAUGUAUGAGAAUCGUUUGGUUCCGCCUCAUUUUGUGUGUCCAUAAGAUAAGCAUUCCAGCUAUACGUGCUGGCGUCAAAUGAGCCAAAUUGCUCGCGAGCCAGCUCGACUUAGUGACUUGUUGUGGUUAAUUUUUUGAGCUUGCUUGUUUUGAACUCAUAAGUAGUCUCGCAAUGUGACUAAUUAGCUCGACUAGUAGCUUAUGAGUGAAUAGACCUAUAGCUUAUGAGUUGAUUUGUAAAAUAGACAUAUAGAUAGCUCGUGUUGUUAGAUUAUAUCUCCCACUACAUGAUUUGUAAGGUUGAGUACGUC